CUAAACCCCCCAUUGUUGUGCUUUUGUGUCCUCAGCCUCGCGAUAUCACCGCUCUCUUUUUUGCUCAUAUAUAUCGUGGUGUCCACAUUUUUCCACUCUUAUACUGUGUGACUAGUUUGGGAGAGAAAACAGUGGAAAAUGUCUCAGUACUCAGGAAAGAUCGUGUUCUAUGAGGGAAAAUGUUUCACUGGGAGGAAGCUGGAGAUCUGCAGCGACUGCGACAACUUCCAGGACCGCGGCUUCAUGAAUAGAGUCAACUCUGUGCGCGUGGAGAGCGGGGCCUUCAUCUGCUUCGACCAUCCAGACUUCAAGGGCCAGCAGUACAUUCUGGAGCACGGAGAGUACCCCGAAUUCCAGCGCUGGAAUGCCCAUAACGACCACAUGGGCUCCUGCAAGCCAAUCAGAAUGCAUGGAGAGCAUUACAGGAUGGAGCUGUUCGAGGGAGACAACUUCACCGGCCAGUGUGUGGAGCUGUGCGAAGACACUCCUUUCCUGCAGGCUCGAGGACUCACCAAGAACUGCGUCAACUCCAUCAAGGUUUAUGGAGACGGAGGCUGGGUGCUGCAUGAGGAGCCAAACUACCGUGGGCGCAUGUACAUCGUGGAGAGAGGAAACUACACCUCCUUCACACAGUGGCAGGCGGAGAACCCCACCAUCCAGUCUGUCCGCAGGGUAGCAAACUACUUCUAAAGCAGUCCUCAGUCUGUGGCAACGUUACUGCAGGGAUGAGAUCAUCCGCCGAGGGAAAACGCACCGUACUGUCAAGUAAUCUCACGCUCACUCUGUGGGUCUGUAAAAUAAUAAAAUAUGAAGAAAAUGUUUGACAUUGCUCGCUGUUUUAUUUUUGUAUUGAAUUAUUCAACGGCUGCAAUAAAGUAGUGAAUCUACAACAUCUUCAAUCCUA